GGUCUGUUUUUGUUUUUUUUCAUCUAUUGCUUGAGUAUUAUGUGGUGUGCUGAUUAUAGCAGUUAACCGUAUUGUUUCAUCUGACACAUGCUGGUUUUGCUCUUUUUUGCUUUGGAGGUUAGUGAUGAAGUUGACUUCGUAAAACUUUGGAGGUGUUGCUGAAAUUGACUUCAGAAAACUUUUAGGCAUUCUGAGAAUAUUUGUCAGGAUCAGUUUCAUUUGCUUAUAAUUUAUUAGUACUAAAAUUACAGUUAAAUGGAUAAAUGUCACAUGCUUUAAAUGCGCUAAUUUCAUUUGUUUUCAAAAUGCUGCUAGUGUGCAAGCAAGUACAUCAACUCCAUACUGUUUUGUUGAGCUAAGUAAACCACUUCAGUCAAAAUGUGUGAGCUGAACUUUACACAUUUUGGCAAUAAACAUUUUUUCAAAAUACUUAACACAUUAUUCUCCAUCCAUCCAGCCUGGAGGUGAACAAUUGCAAAUUGUAUUUUAUACAAUUUUUACAGAUUUUUCAAGAUUACCUACAUGGGCAGGAAGUUACUGACAGCAGAAAAGCAAACUUAAACGAACUUAAAACUUUAAGAUCAAUCGGUGUUGGUUCUUAAAGAAAAGCUGGCUUAUAAAUGCGAAAUAGACCCUGGGUAAACGUAUACGUACGACCUAUUUCAUACAUAUUUCUUUUUUUGACUUUGGCAGUGACAUUUAUUGCAUUUUGUACACCGUACUGGUAUUCUGAAAAGCAAGAGAACGGCGAGAGAUACUUUGGAGUAUGGACUAUCUGCAUGGAUGCGUCUAUAAAAAAUUGUACUUUUUUACCAAACCAUUCGCGAAGUGCAAAUAGCGAUUCUCGUUUGACGGCAAUUCGGGCAUUGUUUUCAAUGUCAAUAAUGCACUUAGUGGGAGCAAUUGGGUAUCCUCCUUUUUUUAAACAGAUGUCUAAUGGAAUCUUAAAUAUUGGCUUUAUGGCUUUACUUUCAUUAGUAUCAGGAUUAUUCUCUCUUGCAUCAAUGGCAAUAAUGACGUAUGAAAUUAGUUGUUACAAGUUUCUUUCGUAUGGUUACUCCUACUUUUUGGGAUGGAUUGGAACUAGCCUAUCUUUUGUUGCUGCAAGUCUUGUAUAUGUUGCUUCUAAAGAUAACAGCUAUUCAGAAAUUGCUUAUUAAUCAAUUUUUUUAGUAUAUAAUCAAACACCAUCUGAUUAUAUAUAAAAAAAAGCAAAAGCAGAAAUUAUUUAAUUAUAAGAUUGUUUAUUUUUAAGAAUAAUUGUUAAUAACACUUCUAUAAAAUAAAUACUGUUAAUGUUAAAUACUGUUAAUAAAUUACUGUUUUAA